CAACCUUUCAACUCGGAAGGUACCAUGAAAGUUCAGAAGACCGUCGACUAUUAUCUUAGACGGUGUUGCUGUUCUGGAGAAAUCUCAUUCGAGUUUGUAUGACUAGGGAGUUUUGAGUAAAAACCCAGUAGUCGACCUAUCUAGAGGAGAGAGGAGAAGAGAAAGAUUGAGAUCGAGAUUAUAUGAAAAAGAAACAAGGAGGACAAGUAAAAAAGGAAUAUACAGCGGGUGAGGUGUGGUGUGGUGAGGAGAUGAAAUAGUGAAGGGGCCGAGCAAGGAAAAGACGUUCUUUGCCUCUUUAGUAUUCAUGUGUUUGAACAAGCUGCGUUUUCAGGUAACUUCUAUCUUUAUGACAACUCAUGGGUUGUCGAGUUGUCCAUAUGGUAACUAUAAAACUCAGAGCAUAAUGAAUUCUUGUUUGAGUAAAAGAGUCCUGUAAGAGGUAAUCGAAUGUAUGCCAUACACAUCAGUACAGUACAAUUAUCUAAGGAAGUAGAAGAUCGGAAAUAACUGCAGGAAGUUCCCAGACUCUGGUCUCGACUGCUGUACUUGUAAUUAUGGCCCUGGAGUUACUAGCAGGGUCAGUAUUUGGAGUGUUGUAUGAUCGUGUUUCGCGAGCUGCGGACAGGAAAUCAGAGUUCAGAUACCUCCUCACUCAUAUGAAACGCACUCUAGAGUCUUUAACAGGACAGGCCAGAUUCAUUCGAGAGAUACGGGAGUUUAAUGAUGAAUUGAGUCUCCCCAACCAUGACAUAGCUGAUCUUGAAACACAAAUGAUCGAAGGCGCACAACUCGUUGGCAGGAUGUCCAGUUUUCGAAUGUACAACUAUUGCUGCAUGGAUGGUUGCCACGACAAACUUUAUGAAUUGAAUAGGUCUCUUGAUAGACUUUUAAACAAUCUGCAGCUGCAGCAAGCAAGGGAUGUGAAGGAGAUCUUGAAAUUGUCAAGGCAAAACCGUGAUGAUCUCGAUGAAAUGAAGGGUAUGUUGAAGAUGAUAUUGCAGCAGAUCAAUGAUCCUGAAAUGAAGGGUCUAGUGAAGAAGUUACUGGAGCAGAAUGCGGGGGACUCGACCGAGAGGUCGACCUCGGCUUCUGCAAGUAAUACAGAAAGAGAAGGGAGUGACGAAGCACAAGUGGAAUCAUUAGAAGGACUAUUAGAAGCUGCAUUUCAGGUUCUGUUUGAUGUCGUUAUAGAAGUGAAGGACAAGUCGACAUUGAUGCUUGGACCAAUUAUUGGACAUCUCAAAUCCACGCUAGACUGCUUAAAGCCAUUGAUUGAAGAUAUAUCACAGCAUAACAACAUGGCAUUGGAUCGCCCAAAGAAGGAACUAGAAGCUUUUGGAAUGCAAAUGAAGAGUGGUGCGGAGCUGGUUCGCGAGUGCUCGGAGGUUCAUAAAUGGACCAGCAACGAAACAUACAAAUUCGCCAGCCAACUUUUUGAAUUGGAUGAGUCUCUUCAAAGGCACUUAUGUGUACUAAUAGUGCAGGUAGCGAGAGAUGUGAAGGAGACCUCGGUUGUGUUAAGGAGUGUACGAGAGGUGGUGGAGAAAAUUGAAGGGAUAAGUGGUGUGGCAAAAAAACAACAACUUGCAUUGGAUAUGGUGGAGGUGAAUGAAAUAAGGGAUGUGAGGGAGACGACAUUGGUUUCAGCAAGGAAUGUAGAGGCAGAGUUGACAGUAGUGGAUGGCGACGUACCUGAACAACCAUCAUUUACAGCUGGAUUGGAUGUUCCUUCGGAGGAAUUGAGUAUGUCUAGAAAGAAGAAAAACUCGAAGAUGAAGCUUCUUAAGGAUGGGUGUCAAUGCUUGACCCGACGGUCAUUCUACAAGAGGAAGAGGGCUAGGGCCAGGGGAAGGGACUCGAACAGGUUAGACGCUUUGAAGAGUCUUCCAGUGAUGUUGAGGGAGUUCAGUUACAGGGAGCUAAAGAAAGCUACCAACAACUUUGACUUGAAGCACACUUUGGGUCAAGGUGGAUCUGUGGUUUACAGAGGACUGCUGUCGAAGGAAAAUCUUGAAGUGGCAGUGAAGAAGUGCUCCAGGCUAGAGAUCAAGGGUAAAGAGGAUUUCUUGGCUGACCUCACCAUUAUUUACCGGCUGCGCCACAAACAUAUUGUCCCAUUGCUGGGUUGGUGUCGCCAAAAGAAGAUGCUACUCAUAGUCCACGAGUUCAUGCCAAAUGGCAGCUUAGACAACCACCUAUUCUCCGGACCGGAAAAUACAACCCUAGAAUGGAACCAGAGGUACAAGAUCAUAUCUGGAGUGGCUUCAGUCCUACAUUACCUCCAGGAGUUCCGUUGCAAAGUAGUCCACAGAAAUAUCACGGCCAGCCACAUAAUGCUCGAUUCCCACUUCAACGCGCGCCUUGGCAACUUCGGCCUGAGAAGCGCAGAACCGGCCGAAGGUGUGACGGGCACAAUGGGAUACAUUGCCCCCGAGUGCUUCUUCACUGGAGAGAUGACCUGCGAGUCCGACGUGUACGGCUUCGGGGCGGUGGUUCUAGGAGUUGUUUGCGGUCAACGACCGUACACCGAAAUCGGAGGGUUUCAGUUUUUGGUUGAUUGGGUGUGGUCGUUGCAUAGAGAAGGACGUGUGCUUGAGGCCGUGGAUGAGAGGCUUGGAAAUGAGUAUGAUGUUGAAGAAGCGCAAAGACUUCUGCUUCUUGGGCUGGCCUGCUCUCAUCCCAUUGCUUACGAGAGGCCUAAGAGCCAGACCAUAGUCCAGGUUGUUUCCGGGUCUAUUCCAGCGCCCAAAGUCUCGCCUUUUAAACCGGCUUUCGUGUGGCCGCCCUUGCCAGAAGGAUCUGCAGCAUUGCCAAUCGACACUGCAGGUAACACUUGAUAUACCACUAUGUCUUGGCCUCUUGGCCAGAGUGCAAGCUUCCUGGACUGGCAUGGAAGAGCGGAAGAUUUGUGAGUCUUGUGACAGCGCUUCUCUGGUAUAAGAUUCUUUUGACAUCCUCUGUGAUCUGUCACAUAUGUUUUCAUCUUGUUUGUUUUUCGCUUGAGAUAUUGUGGCAUUUACAAUACAAAUGACAAUAUAGGAACGUUGAAUGA